AAUAUUAUAGCGCUAAUGCAAGAUAUUUAUUAGAUGAGGCCAUCAAAGACAUUAAAACAUCAUUCAGUAGGGUAUCUGAUGCCAUAAAUACAAUGGCAAAAAAAUAUCGUAUAUCUGUUUCUCGAGCCAAAGAAUAUAUUGAGAAUCAGAAACGUAAACAGCAAAUGAUAGAUUUUUAUCCAUCUCAGGUACAAAGUACAAUUUCUUCCGAAAUAACAUCUGUAUCUCUAGACCCAAAGGGUCAUUGCUUCGCAAUAAAUAAUCAAUUAGAAGAUAACUAUAUACCUUUAUUACAGAGCAGGUCAUUGGGCGAUGAAUCUGAGAUUCGAGACUCUGUCUCUUCUUUGAAUUAUGACUCUUCGAGUUUACACACUUCAGUUAAAACUUCAAAUCAACAGAUAAAAAAGAGGCGAUCAAAAUCCAAAUCGAUUCGAGUUUCCGAUUUAUCCACUAUUAGUGAUACCCAAGUUGAAGAAGCAUUAAAUGAGGGAGAGAAACGAAUAGAAAGAUCAGAUCACAUAUUAAAUAGUCACUCUGUGUCUAUCACCAGCAAUUCUUAA